ACUUUUCUAUUUGUUUGUGCUUCGGAUUGGGGUCACUCUCAUUUAGGGCAGAUCAUAGCCGCGGCCCCUCUCGCCGCUAUGCUGGUUUUCCCGUUGCUGCCAUGGCGGACUCUCUGGCGUUGCGGGUGUCUCCUGUCUCCUCGGAGAGGCCCCCACUGCCACGAGGAAGCGCAGACGAUGUGUCUUGCUACUUUCUUCGGUUGACGGGCGAGCCGACGCCUCCCGAACCGUGGCAAGAAUCAUCAACUCUGCAGGUGACUUUUAUUCUUGUCACUAUAGCAUGUGUCGCGGAGAUCAUGGCCCGGCAAACCCGGAUCGGGGCUGCCUUGUCAAGCUCUCUAACCGCCUUCUUGACCGCUGCCACCAUCAGCAAUGCGUUUCCCUGGCUUCUUCCCACGCAGUCACCGGUUUAUGACGCUGCGUGGCACCUUCUUGUGCCACUUAUUCUCGUUCUUCUUGUCACUAGCGUCGUCCUAGACACCUCAGCGAGGACUUGUCAGGAAGCGGGGGAUCCACGGACCCCAGCGUGCGGGACUUCGCACGAAGAAUAUCCCCAAAACAGUGUCGCUGUCACGUCUUGGCUAGAUGAGCACGUGGCCACGGGCUGCAUGCACACUCGUUCCUCAUCCUCGAGCGCGGCCAAUCGCGCCUGCUUUUUGCACCAGGCUCCUUCCGUCGUGCGUUCUUCGGGAUCGGGCGCUUCUCCCUCUCAAUCCGUCUCUCUGCCACCGCCGUUGUCUCUUGGAAGCGGCGGUAGUGGCACAACCGAGACAAAAACGGGGGCUGCGCGGCGCUUUCACACGGUUGGUGUGGCAUUUGUGCUGGGAGCGGUGGCUACAAUCCUUAGCGUCUUUGGCACGUACCACCUCACCAUUCAUGUUAUAUCGUCGUAUGCCUGGUGCCUCGGCGUGUCUUACGUAACGCAUCGCAUUGCCGCAAUGUGCGCAGCCUGCGUUGCAGCGACAUACAUUGGAGGAAGCAUCAAUUUUUACGCCGUCGCCAAGACUUUAGGCGUCCCUGGCCAUAUCGUAGGAGGCCUGGGGGCGGCGGAUCUGUUUUUGUCUGGCCUGUACACCGCCAUCCUCGCUUUGUUGGCACGUCACUUCCCAUGUCUUCACCAGAUUUUCCCUGACUGCCUUCCCGGGCCGCUGCACAGGCGCCGCCCUCACAGAAUCGACGCUUCCAAGGAGGAUUUUGACGCCGUUCCUCCUUCGACAGUGUCUCUGUCGCUCUCUCAGGCUCACCCUUCGCCGCCUCUUCGAGUAGCCGGCGUUGUAUUUUGUGCUUCAUAUGCAGCAGCAGUUGUCGCAUUGACAUACGGGUUGAAACUCACUCUCUCGAUAAUAACGCCGGUGAUUCUGCAGGGUGCGGACACCUUGGGCGUCUCCCUAGUCGCUUUCGGAUGCGCUCAACUCGGGAAAAAAGGCCUCCGGCAGAAUCACUAUAGAGGAUCCGAAACAUCGAGAACGGGACUGGAAGACAGAAAAAAUUUCUUCGAACUCGCUGAAGAAGCUACGCGGGUCUCUGGAGACUUUGCCAAUACAGCUCAAGCGCUGCUCUUCGCUGCCAUUGGAUCGGGCACACGCCUCGCGGAUGUCGCCACGAUUGGACCUGCGAUAUUUGGCUUUACGCUAGCAAGUCUUGUAGGCCAUUUGCUUGUCCAUUUGAUUCUCUGCCAGCUGUUCAACUCCUUUGCGAGGCUGAAAAACCCUUUGUACUCGAUCCCGCUGGACGAUUGCCUCGUCGCUAGUGAAGCGAAUAUUGGCGGCCCUGGCACCGCUGCAACGCUUGCAGGUACGAUGCUGCGGCGUCCUGACCUGAUUAUGCCAGCAGUCGUCUGGGGCACUGUUGGGUAUCUUGUUGCCACUAGCAUCGGCAUUGAACUUUUCAGCUUCCUGACUGUUUCUUGACAGAAUUCUCCAAGUGUGGCUGCACGACUCUGCCGGUUUUGGACGUCUGUUUCGCAUCUCGCUCCAAAGGCGCAUGCAGUGCCGGAUACCAUCUCAGAUACAGGCCCACACUUUUGUGUAAAUGCUGGAGGCGUGAAAAACCAAGACAAUCUCAGCCAAGCGGAUAUCGUGUACAGUUCCUUUUGGCGGAGUCCAAUUGGAUUCACAUGCACGGAGGAUGUGAUGAUCUGGCGCUCAAAUCUUCUUCAUAGUCUGCUAUGCAGAAGGUGCGUGGUUUCAUGCCAACCUGUAAUUCUUCCUCUUGUUUUCGUUGGUGCCUGACCACGUCGCAUUUUACAGGGAAAGUUGAAGGCGGUUCGGGAUUCAUGUGGACAAUUCGACUGUUCUUAUGAGAAUCAUGGGCAUGUCGCCAGAAGUGACACACCACGCCUCCUUUGUCGUCUGUUUCGGGGGAUUCCCACCAACAACGGGUGAGUUUCUUGGUAUAAGAGCUGGUAGCGAGCUUCACAGUUAAGCCUCAUGGGACUCUUGAAAACAAUCGUUUCGCUGCCUAGCGUCAAGCUUUUCGGUUCCACGUUUCCUGUUACAGGCAUGCGUACCGCCACAGGUACCUGGGAACCGCCUUGAGAGUGUGCGGGGACCUCGUGCUGGCGAAAAUGCGAGCGUGCCACCAGUUAAACCGCUGCUGCUCUAGUUACUUACCUCUUCUCCUUUAUGUGGCUGCACCCAUUUUGGAGACUAUGGGAAUGGGAGGCACUUGUAUUGGGUUUCUUGUCCGAGCCGCAAAAGGGGGGUGGAGAUAGCCGUAGGCAUUGCGAGGAAGUUGUUGGACUCCCUGGUGUAAGUUGGGACAAAGCAAUUACCAUGUCAUCCAUACAGAGCCAGCAUGAAAAACAAAAACUUUUCCUCGGCCUCCUACGACUAUCAUCGCAUUAUAAGUAGGUACUGC